AUGCCUGGAAGCGAAAUCAUUGUGUCCACCCAACCGUCCUGGGGGACGAACAAAGCCUCACUCCUCCUCGACAAGGAAUACUCGUUCCUCUCAGGAGGGGACCCACAUCGAGCCGUGGAGCUGCGUCUGGGAGAUUUCCAGAACGUCGCCGGAAGUGAGGCGCUCGAUGCUGGCGCUCCUCCUGCCGCAAAUAAUGUCGACAAGUCCAACUUGCACGAGCUCCGUCAGCCUAAUGGCGCGCUACAUGAUGCCAAGGUCAACGAUACGAAAGAGGAGCUAAAUAGGAUUAUCCUCAAUGUCCACCUGCCCCCCGCACCAUCAGAAGCGAUUGAAGCACCUUUCAACUAUAUCUCGUCCUUGAAGUCUAAAGGGGUGCGCAACCUGUUGAUCAUGGCGUUGAACACGUGGAUUUCGUUGGACCACGCAGCUAUAGAAUGGGUUGUGUCUCUCGUGGCAGACAUACAUAAUACCUCUCUGAUGUUGGACGAUGUCCAGGACAAUUCUCCGCUUCGUCGGUCGAACCCAGCUACCCACACUGUAUUUGGAAUGCCGCAGACGGUCAACUCCAGUGUCUACGCCACUGUCGAUCUGAUUCACAGGGCUUCAGAGCAGGGUAACGCACAGGCGGCACAGGAGGUUGUCGUUGGAAUGAAAAAGUUACUCGUAGGUCAAAGUCUCGAUUUGCUGUGGACAUUUGAGGUUUCAACACCCACGUUUGAAGAAUACAUGCAAAUGGUGGACGGAAAAACGGGUGCGUUAUUCGUUAUGAUCUACAGGAUCAUGGUAGCUGUAUCACCCGGCCAGACUGUGCUGCCGGCGUUGGAGCGGUUCACACUACUGCUUGGGAGAUAUUUUCAAAUUCGGGACGACUAUGCGAACCUGGCCUCGCCCGACUACUCCAAAGCCAAAGGAUUCUGUGAAGACUUGGACGAAGGCAAGUGUAGCUUUAUCAUGCUGCAUGCGCUACGCAACGCACAGCCGGCGUCGCUUACCAUCCUGCGACAUCUUCUUUUACAACGGCGGAGCGCCGGCUGUGCAGGUUUGGGACACAAGGAAAAGAUGCUGGCGAUUUUGCAAGAGACCGGAUCCCUGAAAUUCACUUCCGAGAUGCUUCAACAACUACAUGGCUCUUUGGUUAAGGAGUUGAAGGAUCUCGAGCAGACCUUUGGCGUAAGGAACCAGCUGCUACAUGAUGUGUUGGAGGCGUUACGGGAAUGA